UCGGCAUUGAGUUGAGACAGUUUACGCGGGAAAAAUGUUCUCACUUCACUAAUUGUUGGCGCUCCUCCUUCGUCAUACACUAAUUCUAAAUACAAAAUUCUGUUUAAUUUGUCACUGUGAAGUUCCUCAACAGUAAUUACCUCAACCCAUAUUUGAGAAAAAUUCGACAAUGACGAGUCCCAUGAAACCGCCACGAACUCCGCCUGCUCAGGACGAUGAAAAUUCCAUCAGAAACUUGACGCCGAGGAGACAGCAACGAACACCGAGUUCUCGUGUUCCGUCAAUUCGCGGGACACCGAGCAAGCAACCAACUCCCGGUAAACAAGCAGCUACACCACAAAAAGGUCCAGGCAGUUCAGUCGGUGUUGAGACACCUCUGAGAUGGGGAAGUCGAAGAACGCAGGAGACGAUUGCAGCUUCUUCGGAAGGUCCUUCAUCGCAGCCAGCUUCAUCGCCAAAUCGUAUACUGCAAACCAGUCCUUUGCAAGCUGGUAUGAGCGAAAUCGAUUUGUCAUCACCGCUGAAUUAUGGUACACCAAGCUCCCUAGGCUCCAUAAGAACCCCCAGGAGUGGAAUUCGUGGUACUCCAGUGAGACAGAGAUCAGAUAUUCGGUCGGAUAAAAGAGUUCGUCAGGUCAAUGUCGGCGAACCAAUAAUGGAAGAGGCGAAUGAAGCCCAGCCAACGUCGGAGAGUGAAAAUGCUGGACCGCAGCUGGUCAUCUGGGGCACGAAUGUUGUUGUGAAUCGUUCCAAAGAACAGUUCAAACGUUUCAUAAAUCGUUUUAUUGAUCCGGAGGCAGAGAACGACGAAUUACCGGACAACAUGAAUCUCGCUGAGCCUCUUUAUUUGCAAAAAUUGGACGAAAUUCACACCCUGGAAGAGCCAUAUUUAAACGUGAACUGCGCUCAUUUAGAGGCUUUCGACGAGCAACUCUGUCGUCAAUUGAUCGCUUAUCCACAAGAAGUCAUUCCCACAAUGGACAUGGCUAUUAACGAAAUGUUUUUCGAGAAGUAUCCAGCGGCUGUCUUGGAUCACCAAAUUCAAGUUCGUCCAUUUAACGUCACAAAAACGCGAAACAUGCGACAAUUAAAUCCAGAGGAUAUCGAUCAGUUGAUCACGAUAACCGGUAUGGUGACACGAACGUCACACGUUCUACCUGAAAUGAGAGAAGCUUUUUUCAAAUGUAUCGUUUGCUCGUUUACUACAAUGGUGGAAAUCGACCGCGGUCGUAUCGCUGAGCCGACCGUUUGCACCCACUGCAACAACAAUUAUUGUUUCUCGCUCAUUCAUAAUCGCAGCCAUUUUUCGGACCAGCAAAUGAUCAAACUCCAAGAAUCACCGGAUGAUAUGGCAGCUGGUCAAACUCCGCACACUGUUCAAUGCUUCGCCCGCAACGAUCUCGUUGAUGCUGUUGCCCCAGGCGAUCGGGUCGCCGUUACCGGAAUAUUUCGGGCACUUCCGCUCCAAGUGAAUCCUCGGGUUUCUAACGUUCGUGCUGUUUACAAAACUCACAUUGACGUUGUACACUUUCGAAAACAAGACUCGAAGCGCUUGUAUGAUCAGGAAGAGGGUAAAGAUCACGCUUUUCCUCCCGAAAGAGUUGAAUUGUUGAAAUUACUUUCCCAAAAGAAGGACGUUUACGAAAGAUUAGCUCGAAAUAUUGCUCCGAGCAUAUACGAAAAUGAAGAUAUUAAAAAAGGUAUUCUGCUGCAACUUUUCGGUGGUACGAAAAAAACUCACUCAACAUUUGGAAGAACUCACUUCAGAUCGGAACUUAAUAUUCUACUGUGUGGCGAUCCUGGUACUAGCAAAUCUCAACUUCUGCAGUUCGUUUUCAACCUGGUUCCGAGGUCGCAAUACACCAGUGGAAAAGGUUCGAGCGCGGUUGGUUUGACUGCUUACGUUACUAAGGAUCCGGAGACUCGUCAAUUGAUGCUGCAAACCGGGGCACUCGUGCUCGCUGAUAACGGUAUAUGUUGCAUUGACGAGUUUGACAAAAUGAAUGAGCACACGAGAUCUGUUCUACACGAAGUCAUGGAACAACAAACACUGUCGAUUGCCAAGGCUGGUAUCAUUUGUCAACUGAACGCACGUACAAGCAUAUUGGCUGCCGCAAAUCCAUGCGAAUCUCAAUGGAACAAGAACAAAACUGUUAUCGAGAAUGUAAUGUUACCACACACGUUGAUGUCUCGUUUUGAUCUUAUCUUCCUGAUGCUCGAUUCGAACGAUGAAAUCCUCGAUCGUCGUCUCGGCCGACAUUUAGUCGAGCUCUAUUGCGACACAGCUGUGGAAGAAGAGGACGAUUUGGUCGAUAUGAGUAUCCUCAAGGAUUAUAUUGCCUACGCAAAAGAACACAUUCAACCUGUUCUCAGUGAAGUGGCUCAACAGAAACUCGUUCAUGCAUACGUAGAGAUGCGUCGUGUUGGCAGUGGUCGAGGACAAAUAAGUGCGUAUCCAAGACAGCUCGAGUCUCUUAUUCGUCUUGCCGAGGCACACGCGAAACUUCGAUUCAGUAAUACCGUUGAACUCGAGGAUGUCGAAGAAGCUUGCAGAUUACAUCGCGAGGCACUCAAACAGUCGGCCAUCGAUCCGCUCAGCGGAAAAAUCGAUAUUAGCAUUUUGACAACCGGAAUGUCUUCUGCUGCCAGACAACGUAGAACCGAAUUGACGGAAAUUUUGAAAAAGCUCAUAGACUCCAAGGGCAAAGUUCAAACUCUGAGUUAUCAAAAGGUAUUCGCCGAACUUAAGGAAAACUCGCAAACCUUGGUGACCCGAGAAAUGUUCGAAGACUCCUUGAAGCUACUACAGGACAACGGUCUCGUGAUAGUGACGGGAAAGAAUACGAUUCGCAUCUGUUGAUUGCCUUCUGAAAGGAUAAUCGAUUUUUUUUUACCUGCACGAUAAAAAAGUAUUUUGGAACUCGAACGUAAUAUUUGUAAGCCUUCUCGUUUUGAUUACGAAUUGUACAAUUGUCCACGCCCGAUGGGUGAAAUUUCCGUAAACUCUCGAUUCGAUGAGUUUGAUAAUAAAGUAUUUUGAUAAUUUUUGCGAAAAAAA